AUGUUUUCUUCUCCCCUGUGUCUGGCUCUUUGCCCUCCCACCUGGCCGUGGGUGUUGGUAGGAAAGAUUGUCUUGAUCCGAUUCACGUCUGCUAUGAGUAUACUGCAUUGCAUGAUGGUUGUAGAUAACAGGGUAUUCUCGAGUGAUUGUAGUAGUACUAGGAGUAUAGGAACAGAGAUGCAAAUCUACCCUCUCUCGCGGCCUGAAUGGAGCCCCUGGAGUCCGUCGGCGGCAAAGCCUCUAGGCGGGCAGGGACCAACUUUUAGCCUCUCCACCCUCUCACCCUCACUUGACUGGUCGACUUGUCGACGACGACGACGACGACGACGACGACAAACUCCGACGACGAGUGGCACACUUGCUUGUGUCUGCUCGCAUCUCCUCCUCCUCCUCCUCCUCCUCCUCUUCUUCUUCUACUACUACUUCUUCUUCUUCUUCUGCCUCUUUGUUGUCCUUGUCCAUGCCCAUGCGCUGGUACUGCUCCUGCUCCUGCUCCUGCUCCUAACUACUGCGACUGCGACUGCGACUGCGACUGCGACUGCGACUGCGACUGCGACUGCGACUGCGACUGCGACUGCGACUGCGACUGCGACUGCGACUGCGACUGCGACUGCGACUGCGACUGCGACUGCGACUGCUGCCCGCUCGACUGCCCUGCCCGCCCGCGCCCAGCUGGCCGACUGCCCGUCCCUGCUGUCCCUGUCGUCUCCGCCUGCGCCGCCGCCGCCGCCGCCGCCACCACCGCCUCUCCGCCGUUGCUCCCAAACUCCGCAUUCCUCGCCCACCAUGGCUCAGAACCGUGCCAGAGAACUGGACCGCCUGUAUCAGAUGCGCAACCCGCCCCGCGCUCGAGGACACGUACCACAGAUAUCCAUUAGCGAUGACAACCACCAUGUCACCGAGGCCAUAGGCGACAUGUAUGGCGGCGAUAGUGAUACCGAGUCCUCCAAGCGCAUCUCCCGCCCGCUUAGUUUCAUUCCCAGCCCCAACGGCGACUCGAUACAGUCCUUGGGUGCCUUUGAGCCCUUCGACCCCUUCCCCGGGAGCCCUCCCUCCAAAUCCCCCCUUCGGCCCCAGAUGACCCUUGACCAGCCCACCACCACACACACCAACCCCAACGGCACUGCUUCUGCUGCUGCCGCUGCCGCUGCCGCUGCCGCCGCCGCCAACAAUUCGCAGAAGCAGACGUCCAUGGGCCGGGCUGGCCCCUCGAAUGGCCACAUGUCGCCCCCAUUGUCUCGCUCCAACUCGGACACGGCCUCGCAGCAGUUUCCCCUCAACGACCUGGACUAUGAAUCGAGCCCGGCCGGUCUGGCACAGGAGCUCAGCAACCUGCAGGCCAUCCGCCGAAUGUCCAUGGGCGUCAACAAUGCUGACCCCGACCUACCCUCUUUCCAGUCCACCAGCUCACCACCAGGCUCGCCGCCCGCAACCGACGACGACGAUGAAUCCAAGCUAUUCUGGGUCCCUGCCCGCCUGCAUCCAGAGCUCGCGCCCAUGGAGUUCAAGACGUUCAUUGAGGAAAAGGUCGACAAGAUCAGACGACGGUCGGGCGAUGCAGACACACUCUCUCCCGACGGCCCCAUGGGUCGCCAGGGCUCGGUCGGCGGUCUGCGGAGGAAGAAGUCGAUGCUGUCACGACAGAUUGACACCGGCUCAGGCUACAAGGAUGGUGCUGAGAGACUCGAGAGGAAGCGGUCGGGCGCACAAGCCAAUGGCAAGCUGCCAGAUCUGCAAGAGAUUGAGCAUGUGCACGAGGAUCCAGCAGCCUUGAUAGAACGGAUGAGCGGGGAUUCGAAGCGCUCGGGCAGCGCAGACGGCGAUAUGCCCAUUGUACGCGGCAACAAACUCACGGGCCUGGGCACGCUGAAGCGCUCGACACACACCAACUAUAGACGUGGAAGUCUACGAAAGGGAGGGCCGCCCCUCUCGCGACGUCUGGCAUCAGGUCGGCAGGCUGACACAGACACGGAAGAGUCGCCCUCGACCUCGCCAGUCUACACAUCGUCCGAGACCCCUCCACCUCUGCCGAUACAACGCACCCAUUCGGAGCCUCCCAACGGUGCCUUUGAGUCCUCCGGGUCCAAUUUUUCACGCCCACAACAACGACGACGAUCGCCCCCCGGAGUGGAGCCGGAGAGACCGGGCUCCGCGCAGGACCACUCGAGACCUGCAGCGGUUGCACCACCACAACCCGAGGAACGAACUUCGCCGCAACCUCGGCAGUUCCACUCGAGGAUAGCGUCCAAUGGACGCACCACUGCUCCUUUGCCUGGUUAUAAUCCUCAGCAACAACAGCAACAACAACAAGUACCUCAGAUUGUCGAGACACCACCACCACCACCACCUCAGGAGCAAGAAAGAAGGCAGUAUCAGCUACCUGAACGCCAUUCUUCGCGGCAGCCGCCACCACAAAUUCAACAACAGCCUACUGGAUCUCGCACCUACAACCAGCCACAAUCUUAUAAUCCUAAUCAGCAUCAACAGGCUCCACCGCAGCCUCAGCAGCCACAGCAGCAGCCUCUACAGCAGCAGUCGCCGAUACAACCGCAACAGCCGCAGCAGAAGACUGCGAAUCGUUCAAACCGCCAUGCCCAAGCCGCCCAAGCCGCCCAAGCCUCUCCCAUCAAACCUGCGCAAUCGUUUGACGAACUCGUCUCUCAUCCCUCGCCACUGCCAGGAAAUGGGAAUCGCGUAGAUAAUCUCUCCAUCAUUCCCAAUCUGCCAGAAGAGAAGAAGUCGGACAAGAAGUCCAAGGACAAAAAGGACUCGACCGAAGGUCCAAGGAAAACGAGCUGGGGCUGGUUGGUCGGUGGUGACAAAGACAAGGAGCGAGACAAGAAGGACAAGGAGGACAAGGAAAAGGAAAGUGCGAAGAAGGUCAAGAACAAGCUCAGCAAACCGCAGGAAAAGGGCCACGAUGAUACAAGACUCGAUCUUUUGCAGACUUCUAUCCAAGGGGGUGGACGGGGACGGGAAAGCGUGGUCCUGGAUCGGGAGUCCAUCAAGCUGGAGGAGGAGCGCAAGAAGGAGAGUCACAGGAAAACGUCUAGCGACGGCAAGAAAGAGAAGGAGCCUGGUUUACUGUCCACCAUCUUUGGUGGUGGCAAGAAGAAGAGCGACAAGGAUGCGGGACAUAAGAAGACUACUUCACGCGGACUGUCACCUGAGCCUCCAUUGCGGAUCCUGAAGCCCGAUAUUGACUACAACUGGACCAGGUUUUCCAUUUUGGAAGAACGAGCGAUUUACCGCAUGGCACACAUCAAGCUCGCCAACCCCCGUCGUGAGCUGUACUCGCAGGUUCUCCUCAGUAACUUCAUGUACUCGUAUCUCGCCAAGGUCCAGCAGAUGCACCCACAAAUCUCGAUUGGCAACUCGAAGCAGGCCCGACUGGCGCAGAAGAAGGAGCCAGCAGCGCAGCAAUCGCAACAGCCAUCUCCUCAACAGCAGCCCUUGCAACCGCAGCCCCAUCCACAAUCUCCGCAGCCGCAGCCGCAGCAGCCAGCCCAACCUGAAGAGUUUGCUCAGUAUCAGCGGUACCAGCAGCAGCAGCAGCAAAGUGAGCCACCAGACUCUGCUUCCAACGAGUGGCCGACGUACGCGCCCCCAGACGCCAGGCAGGCGCAACCGCCAAACGGACAGCAAACAGUCCCCCAAGCUAGCGCUGGCGCGCACAAUCAAAACCCGCGUGACUCGCACCACUCGAAUUACAGCGCCAAUGGAGGCGCAAGUGCAAAGGGCUACAGCGUGGCCAAUACGCAGAAUUAUCUGGGCCAGGGUGGCAAGGGCGGGUUUCAGCAUUAUCCGGACUCGGAGCAGGGUGGGGCGAGGGCAGAGGAUGAGAUGUGGUAG